CGCGCCUCCCGCCGCCGCACUUUCACUCUCCGCCGCCGCGUUCGCUCCGAGUCCCGCCUGCGUCCGCCCGCCGUCCGCCGGUGCCAUGGAUGCCAAGGUCGUCGCCGUGCUGGCCCUCGUGCUGGCUGCGCUCUGCCUCAGUGACGGGAAACCGGUCAGCCUGAGCUACAGAUGUCCUUGCCGAUUCUUCGAGAGCCACGUUGCCAGAGCCAACGUCAAGCAUCUCAAAAUCCUCAACACUCCGAACUGUGCCCUUCAGAUCGUGGCGAGGCUGAAGAACAACAAUAGACAAGUGUGCAUUGACCCGAAAUUGAAGUGGAUUCAGGAAUACCUGGAGAAAGCUUUAAACAAGGGGCGCAGAGAAGAAAAAAUGGGGAAAAGAGAAAAGAUAGGAAAAAAGAAGCGACAGAAGAAGAGAAAGGCUGCCCAGAAAAGGAAAAACUAGUUCUCUGCCACUUCGAGAUGGACCGCAGUGCGCGCUGCUCUUGUCUCUCCGGCGCUUUGUAAAUUUGCUCUAACCCUCCUCCAGGGCACACGCCUUGCCUUCGCUGCAGGUGCUCAGACCUUCCUCGGAGGAGCGGCGCUCCUCUGGCCACACUGGCUCUCGUGUUUAGGCGCUUUUUAAGGCCCUUCCUGGUCUGCUAAGUUAUGAAGAAAGUAGUUGUGCCGAGACUGGGGUUGUGGUCUGGGAUGAGGACACUAUGCUCAGGACUGUCUCGAGCGGCCCGGAGUCUCCGGCCUUGCCCUGGGCCGCUGAACCCCCACCCGGCCCUCCACUCCCUCUCCCAGAAGGGCCGGCUCACCGGCACACCGGCUCACACACUCACAGCGUGCCUUCCUGCUGAGGCCAGAGUGCAGGCCCGGCCCGCACAGGGCCAUCUGCUAGCACAGCAGCGGCGCCUCGGCCGGCGAGGGCCUUCUGCCCUCCCCUUGACCACGGCGGGUGCUGCCCGGCACAGCCUUCGUGGGGCCCAGCUAGCUAUGGCCGUGCCUUUUACAGGUGGUAACUGACUCUUUCCCAAGGGGCCUUCCACCCCUCUGCCACCUGGGGUGGGACUUCUCCAGCACCCCUGUCCUAGGCCUGGGGCUGUGAGAGCGGCUUUACCUCCGAGCAGGGCUGGUUUCCGGACACCGAGGGGGUAGCAGCUCCGCAUUCCCGGGGAGCAGCUGUGGAAAAUACUUCUCAGGGAGCCUCUUGUCCGGGCAGUUCACUUUAUAGAUUCUUUAAACGGGUCCCCGAUGUGGAGGAACUGUGCGAAGGGCUUGUCCCCACCCACCUGCUGGGACAGUCUCUGUGACCUUGUGCCAUUAGGUUCCGGGACACAGCUGCCUCAGUCCUCACUCAUGGGAAAUAUGUGCUUAAAGUGAACAUGGUGCUCUAGAAAGCUCUAGAACCUUCCUCAUACCACCCACAGAUUUAUGUCUAAGAUUUUUUGCCAAGUCUCUCUAAUCUGGACCGGAAGGAGGGGGAUCACAUGGGAGAGCAAGGCCCAGAUUUCAGUAGUACUUCGAAAAAGGACACCUCGAAUGUCUGGACUGUGCUCCCCAUCCUCCUGUCCCACGUAAACACUCCCCCUGCACCCCAGGCCCCUGGUCAUGAUUCAGUCUGUGGAUCCAGAAAGAUGAAGUGGUUGGAGCACUGGACAGAUGGAAUCAGGAGAAGAAAACCCAAGGCGCCUGCCUGUUAGACUCACCUGGAACACUGUGUCCCCUCACGCUUUAGCGUCCUCCUCUGGGAUGGCAGCACAGAACCUUGUGGCCAUUCCUUUUCCCCAUCAGGGAAGUGUCCUGCUAGGGCGCUGCAGCCCAAGUCCUUUUAUUCCCCAUCCCCCUCCCUUUUAUGUGGCUGACUCUCCAGACUGCACCCCUCUUGCCAGCCCUGGGGAUGGCAGGCCUGCUCCGGGGCGUACGGGAUGCCCUCCCGCUCCCCACCUGCCCUGCCUCCUAAGGCAUCAGGAUGUUUUCUGGUCUGCCCAGGGCAGCAGGCCUGGGCUGGGGCACCGGCGCUGGGGUAGUCCUACCUUUCCUAAACCGCUCGGGAGCCGGUCAGGCCCGCGCCCCAUGCUCUCUGUUCCUCGUACAGCGGGAACGGCACGUCUCUGUGCCUCGAGAGGGGCAGUGGGUCCCUUCUGAAGACCACAGGGGGCUGUUUGCCAUCUAGCAAUGGUGGGUCAAGCUAUUGCUGCCCUGAGGCGACAGACUGCUCCCUGCAGUGCUCAGCGAGACAGCGCCUUCCACUCCUGCUGGGGGAGCUGGGACCGUGGGGACUAAGACGGUUGGCCCCACAUUCCGAAAAGCAAACACGCUCCGUUUCUGUCCUCCUGUGACCUCACUGGCCCUGGGCCCUCGCUGUAUCUGACAAGCUGAUGUAGCGCCAGCCCCGCUGAAGAUGGGCGGGGGUGGAGGGGGGUGCUGUGGAAGAGUAGAGCCGGACUCCGUUCUGUUUUGGGUUGAAGCAAGUGAACGUGCCAGCACUGUCCCGGGGCCAGUCGGGGUGGGGUGGGGGUGAGGGGUUAGGUGGAGGUGAUCGGUGGUACCCCGGACGGCCAGGCAGCCUGCUCCGGGCCUGGUGCAGGACCGGGCCACACUGAGGUAAGGGGUUGCCAGCCCUCCAUCCGCGCUGGGGCUAAGGCAGUGCGCCCUGCCCUGUCGCGUGACCACCGUGCCUCACCGUCUGUCUGCGUGCCCUUGUUCGUCCGCCGUACCCCGUGCUGGCUGCGCCCGACUUUCCUCUCCGCUUCCCAUCUUCCAUCCAUCCCUCCGCUUCAGCCCUGGCUGCCUUUCUCGCCACCCUCCCCCUUCCCAGGGCCUCGGAAAGGAGGCACACGGCCGCGAUUUGGAAGUCAGGAGUGGGGGCCCUGCUGCAGCAGUGCUCGGCGUCUUAAGGCUUGCGGCCUGGCCUCCGCCUUAACGGUGUCUCCCUCUGUUCUUGUUAACAGGAGGUUCAAGAUGUGAGAGGCGCAGGUUGGGUCAGACGCCUGAGGAAACCUUACAGUAGGAGCCCAGGUCUGAAACCAGUGUUAGGAAGAGCCCGCGGCAGCUCCGCUGCACCCAGGCAGGGCCCGGUACAUUUCCGAGGGCUUUGUUUUGCACAGUUUGCCUUUACUAUCACCAUUUGAUUAUGUAGCAAAAUAUAUGGUGUUUAUUCUUCAUUUAGUUUGAUUAUCCAGUGUCGCUGGUGACAGAUAGGAACUUAGACUGAGGCCGUUAUUUUACUUGCUUUGUUAUAAUAUCUUUCCCGUGGAGCCCCUCACCCAGCUGGAGUUCCUGAGUUUUGUAUCUCUCUGAGCUGUGCAGGCUGAGACCCCAGAUCAUCCUGUUUUGGGACGGAGAGCCCCUGGGACGUAUCAGAACCAGGGAAGACCCUAGUGAAGGCUGCCCCGUGCAUGGGGGGGGGGAGGGGGCUGCAGAGUCAAGUUUAGAGAGUCAGAUGGGAUCUUCACCCUUCCUCAGAGUGAGAGCUGGGGUCUUCCCCAUUGGUGAGCAUCGCAGGGCUUCCCCAAGUUGAGGCAGGCAGGGGGAUGAGGCCAGGGCAGGGAGAGAUGCACCCCUCAUCCUGAGCUCUUCCCUACAUCCCAUCAUGCUGUUGUCAUUCUCUCUCUCAUCCAUCAUCAUGUAUCUCCAAGACUGUCUCCAUCGCCCUGGAAAAAGACUGUCUCAAGACCAAAGCUUUCAUUUAAACUGGGCACCAAGAAGCAAAUCAAAUGUCUCUCGUGUCACCCGGUGCUGCAAACACUGUGCACAUCUGUGUCUCGUUUGGAAUAUUGUCCGUUGUCCAAUCCUGUGUUCUUGUUCAAAGCCAACGUCCUCGGGGCACGCACUGUCCACCCCUUGGAUGCAAAGGCUCAGGGUAAGGAGAGGUCUUUUGACCAGGUUUCUGAUUAGGGGUGUGAUCCUCUUGGGUGGACAGCCUGGGUUUUUCCACUGAUCACAAACCCAAGAUGGAUCCACAGAGCCCAAGGGAAUUCGGUGCGCAGCAGAGUUGACCCAUGAGGAGGCCAGGCCUUUAUGCCCCUACAGUUGGUAUCUCAGAGCCACGGGGAGUUUUUGCUCCAUUGCAUCAAGCGCGUGAUUGUUUUGGCGAGAACGUGAAAAGGAUCCUCAACCCUUUUUUUUGGUUUUUGAAAAGCUGAUCCGUGAAAUAAUGAGUCCUGGACGUGAAGAUUCCUUCCCACCUAAAAUCUAACCUCCCCUUUUUCCCCACUUGGCAAGCCCAUCAUCCACCACCUUGUACAGUGGCGUCUGGACUUCUCCACUGCUGUAACCUUGUGCUUCCAGAACGUGCAUCUUGGCUUUCACUCUUAGAAAAGGGGAUAUUUGGGAAAGUAGGUUAAAACCCUGACGUGUAGGGUGUUUUCCUUUACCGAGACCAGUUUGUAGAGUUGCAUUAAACAGUUUAAGUGCAGCAGGUAGGCACUUGAGGGGCUUUUUGCUUGUUGAGUCGUUUCACAUUUCAUCUUACUAAUACUUUGCUUUUGGUUCAGUGUCCCAGCAAACAUUUUAAAUUAAGAAAAUGGAAGAAAAGCAGGGCAAAACAAGGAAAUGUAUCAGUUGAGAGGACACUGUAAACAACAUGCAGAAAGUAUAUUCUAACAAAAUAAUCUGGAAUUGUAGGUGUUUUUAGAUUUAAUAAUCUUCGUGUUAUCAGUAACAUGUUAAUAUUUGCGUAAAUAUUCCUUUAUAUCGGAUCUUCGUGGUAGAAAGCCAACCCCUCCGCCAAACGAAAAUUGGUAUCUUCAAAUCAGCAAUAUUAUAUUGAAUAAAAUAGAGCACAGGGACCUUUAUUAGUUAGAAGGAGUACAGAACUGGUUUCAAAACUGUCUUUUGAAAUUAACCUGACAGGGCUCCUGAAUUACGUGUGAAAUGAUUGCUUUUCAGUGGGAUAGGCUUUUUCUAAGUCAUCCAAGAUAUUUAAAACUCUCAUGGAAAAUGUGGAGCCAUCUUCUCCUGGAAUCCCUGAACCAGAGCCAUUAAAUCUCUUGCUCCACGAAAAUAAACGCGGCCCUGAAUCUUGACUACAGUUAAAGAAUUGUUUGUUUCUCCCCAACAGGGGGGAAAAGAGGUAAGGGUAGAAACUUCUAGGAAAAUUAUCUGCCUAACAAUUACUCUACUUGCAAUCUGCUUCUAAGUGGAGGCUGCCCAACUAAAGCAAAUGUGCAUUUAAAUAGUCUAUUUGCAAAGGAAAAGGCUCGCCCAUCCCCUUUUGCUUUAAAAACAAGUCUAGUGCAUCAGUUGAUUAGGGGUCACCCAGCUGUUCCUCCUCCUCCAGUGCUGCUCUACCUGACCUUCCCUUGGGCUCCGUGUAACCUCUAAGGCCGUGCUCCCUUGCCAGCCUUUGCAUCAGGACCUGGGGAGCUGUGGGGCCAGGGUGGGGACCGGGACCCCCAGAAGUGCUGUGUGUUUGUAUCUGAAUCUGCGCCCUGUGUUGUUUGCACUGUUCUUUGUCCAGCCCCGCCAGGUGCUGAGACCCCAGCGAGGUGGCUCAGGAGUAGGGGAGCAGGUGGUGGGGGGGGGCCCUCUGCCGGUGGGCCUGUCCUCCAGAGAAAGGAGGUUCAGCUUUGAGCAGAGGGCCUGAAUAGCCAAAGGUUGCAGUUGCCCCUGUGUGAAGACCAGAGAACGUCUAAGCUUUUUCACUGGAUCCGAUUUGACUUUCGUUUUCUGACUGCUGCCUGAUGUUAUGGCAUGGGCUCCCCACUGGGAGCUCAUCACCACCCCCCUGACCCCGGGCAGGCAGUGUACCCUUUUGCAACUGGAUGGGAAUUGUGGGGUCCCUGUACACAUCUUCCCUGUACCUAUCUUCCCUGACCCAUUCCCAGGGAGCCCUGUCCCUGGGAAAUGCUCCCUGGAAACCUUCAAAUCCCCUCAGCAGACCAUUGACAUUGAUUGCCAAGUUGAAAAAAAUGCCACCCGGGAAACUUGUUAGUCUGCAACCUCGCUGGAUUCUCAGUCUCUGAGCAGUGAUGGGUUCAGUGUUAAAUGUGAUAAAUACUGUAUUUUGUGUUGUUUAAAUUACAUCUCCCAGAUAAUGUGAAAAUGGUCCAGGAGAAGGCAGCUUCCUGUAUGCAGUGUGCUUUUUUUUUUUUUUUUUUAUAACAAAUAACAACUCCUUCUGAGAAACAACAAUUUCUACUUUGAAGUCAUAUCAAUGAAAAGAUGUAUAUGCACUUACAAUUUUUCUAAUAAAGACAUGUAUUCAAACGUA